AUUAAAAUACUUUCUUCUUUCUCACCCUCUCACCCCCCCUCCAAGCAUAACCUCAUUAAAAAUACAGUACUGCUAGCCAAAUCUAAAAAACUCGUCGACUCACUCACUCACUAACCCCGCACCUUUCGGUAUCACCGCCACCACCAACUCCACCGCCUGCCUGUGAGCUCACUCACUCAGUCCAGAGGCCAUAAAAAGACAAAUAAAAGCGACCCCGAACAAAACGAAAAAGAAAAGGAAAAGGAAAGCCAGAGUUCCAACCCACAGAAGCAAACUUUUUUCAACGGAUGAUUGCAUCUUCCCUCCCAACCCAUUCCCCUCCUCCCAUGACCCAUCCGCCGGACCAACUAAUGUUACAGAUUUGCCCCUCGCCCGAACAAGAAACACCCAUAAAUAAAGAAAAUGAAAAGAAAAAAAAAAAGCGAAGUGAACAAACCGGGUAUAACCAUUCCAUCCCUGCCCCAAAGAAAGUAAAACGGAAAAACAGCGCCAAGCCGCGAGGAGAUAGACGAUGCGAGCGAUAG